CGCGGUCGCCGAAGAUGGCGGGGCGAAGUGUUGGUUCCCAGAGACGGAGCGUUUCAGGCACUCCGCUCCCGCCGCGUGGUCAGCAACCUGCUGCGUCUCGACGGGACCUCUUUGCCAGGGAGGAAGAAUAUAAGCGUUUAAAUGCAGAAUUACAGGCAAAAACAGCGGAUUUGGUUCGACAGGCUGAGGAAGUAAUAAGAGAUCAGCAAGAAGUACAAUCAAGGCCGGUUUCAACACAAAUUAAAUCAUAUGAAAAGGAAGAGGAUUACAGCUUAAGCGGUCUGUUGUCUGAAGGGAUAGCUCACCUACAUUCAGAAACUAAGCCAAAGACCAAAAAUGUUGAUGCAGUAAAUAAGAUUCAAAAUAAACGACACUCUGCAAAUAAAGGAAGGAGAGCAAAUUCAAGUAUAAAAUUGAAAUACCCUGAUGUACAUGUUGCCAAUGAUGUUGCUAUUCCGGAAGAUUUCUCAGACUUUUCUCUUGCAAAAACAAUUAGCAAAAUUGAAGGGCAACUGGAGGAAGAAGGCAUACCUGAUUAUAUAGAUGAUGAUAUUUUUUGUGGCGUUAGUAACGACAUUGGAACGGAAGCCCAGAACAGAUUUCUAAAGGCCAAACUCCGUGUUAUGCAGGAAGAAUUGGAUAAUGUUGUAUAUGAAUGUAAUAAAAAGGAAAAUGAAAUUCAGAAUUUAAAGUCACAAAUAAAAAACUUUGAAGAAGAUUGUAUGAGACAGCAGCGAACAAUUAAUUUGCAGCAGUCUCAAACAGAAAAAUAUAAAACUCUUUUUGAAGAGCUAAACAAAAAAUGUGAUGGAUUACAGCAACAGCUAUCUUCAGUAGAAAAGGAAUUAGAAAGUAAAAGAAGACUACAAAAACAGGCUGCCACUAGCCAAAGUGCUACAGAAGUUCGGUUGAAUAGAGCUCUAGAAGAGGCAGAAAAGUACAAAUUGGAGUUAAGUAAAUCAAGGCAAAAUAACAAGGAUAUAGCCAAUGAGGAACACCAAAAAAUUGAAGCAUUAAAAUCAGAAAAUAAGAAGCUAGAAAAACAAAAAGGAGAAUUAAUGAUAGGGUUCAAGAAACAAUUAAAAUUAAUUGAUAUUUUAAAAAGGCAAAAGAUGCAUAUUGAAGCUGCCAAGAUGCUGUCUUUUACCGAAGAGGAAUUUAUGAAGGCACUUGAAUGGGGAAAUUCAUAA